ACUCUAUGGAGGCUAGGUAAAACAUUUGACCCCUAUUCAAAGAACUAAAAAUCUGUCGGCUCUUUCAACAUGCCAGCAAAAAAACACGAGCUGAAAGCUGAUACCAUCAACCGCUUCUGUUCUCAGUACGUUCAAUUAGAAAAAGAUCUUGACUAUCCUCCACCUGCACUCCUGCAAGACGCAGAUAUUCAAGACACUAUAUACCGCCGCAUCUUUGCCGAUGACGCUCUUGCUUAUGCCCCUCCUCGGAGGUACCAGCUACGAGUCCUUAAGGAGCUCACGUCGAGGAUCGAAGCGAGUAUUGAGGACUGGGAUCGUCACGGGGUUUCAGACGACUUGAUGAAUACGCUCUCUUGUCUUCUAGCACACCCAUUACCCUCCGAAACCACUGCUGCUCAGCAGAAAUCAUAUGUGACGUACAAUCUAUCUCUACUUGAUAGUCGUGAUAAUGUUACCCAAAUUCCACCUCAGAUCACACUACUCGAGUCGCGCAAUCUCAUCUCUGCCUCGGGGACCACCGGCUUGCGUACUUGGGAAGCUUCCCUUCACUUAGGGCAAUUUCUCUGCGCAAACCCGUCGCUUAUUCGGGGGAAGCGAGUUUUAGAGUUAGGAUCAGGGACCGGAUACCUAUCCGUACUGUGUGCUAGAUUUCUUACUUCUACUUUAACUAUUGCCUCAGAUGGCUCUGAUGAGGUUGUGGCAACCCUUCCCGAGAACUUCUUUUUAAACGGCCUCCAAGACUCAAAGCAAAUCCGGGCUAUGGAUAUUAAAUGGGGCCAUGCUCUUGUGGGAACAGAAGACCAAUACUGGAACGGCGGCAUGCCGAUUGAUGUGGUCCUUGGCGCGGAUAUAGCCUAUGACAAGGGCGUCAUCCCGGCUCUCGUUGGAACAUUAGAAGAAUUGACGGGAAUGUUUCCACGUGUUAUAAUUCUCAUUGCCGCUACCGAAAGGAACCAAGACACGUUCAAAGCCUUCCUUGAUGUCUGCCAAAGGAGAUAUUUCAACGUCGAAGAGGUUGACUUUAAGCUUCCAUGCAGACACGACCAGCGAGGUCCAUUUUACAGCGACCAAGUGCCUAUUAAGAUAUGCAGAAUACAAAAGUUAUUGAGUUCUUGAAACUCGACGCUAUGAUAGCCACACUUCCUGAUUAUACUACAUAUAUCGAGUUCUAGGAUAACAACAUAGAUGAAGGGGCUAAAGAGGACUCUCGUGAGACUUCGAUAAUUAAAAACCUUCAGUUACCAUCGGUGCAAACGUCCAAGUACCAGCAACAAUGCCCAUUUCCAUUAAGAUUUUAAAUCACCUUGUGAUCUCUUGGGAAGUGACACCAAACCUCCUGGAUAAGGCUGCCCGCUUCCGUCCGUAACACGUGUGCAACGUAAACGUCAUACAAACACCAUAACACGGGAUGAAGCACUGUCAUACACUACAGAGGUAAGCAGGUCCUAGGAAAAUAUGCCAUUCAAUAUACAGCUUGACAGACGGGCCCCUGGUGGAAUAUCUUACUUCUAUCAUUUUUCCCUCUCCGUUUCAUAUACCAGUGAAAUACACCUGGCGUAAGCC